CCCAGAAACGCCUCCCCGCCCGGGGAGCAGAAGAGGCACCUCGGCGCGGCUUCCCUGGCCGCCAGCGCUCCGCGCAGCUGGAAACAAACCCGCCUGGUCGUCCCGGGCCGCGCCGAGCCCCCGCCCCGGUCACCAUGUCCCCGGCGGGCAGCUGGUGGUCCGUUCGCCUGCUGGUGAUCACCUGUGUGAUGGCCGGGCCGUCCCUGAGUCAGGAGUGUUCCGCGGAGAAAAUGGAGAAUUCCAUCAUCGAUAUAGACUUGUCCCUGCCCCGAGGCGUCCGGGGCGCGGAGCCGCUUCGCGUCCCCAGCGCGGGGGCUUGUGCCCGAACCUGCUGCUCCAGGGACGGGCUCGCAGGAGACAAGAAGUGUAAUUUGAUGAUUUUUUAUGCUGGAAGAACAAAAGCACAUCCAAACUGCUACCUCUUUUACUGCCCUACCACAGAAGCUUGUCUGAUGAAACCUGCAACAGGACUUGUGAGCUACAAGAUAACUACAGACACCCAUGCCCCAGAGGAUAAAUCUAUCAAAACUGAGAACUUUUCUUCAAAUGAGUAUUCUUUGUCUUCGGAUGCAGGAACGAUUUUUUCUCACACUCAGAAUAGCCAUCAGAAUCAUACUGCCACUUGGCAACAAUCUAUAUUUCAUCAGGCAUCUGAACCCGUGAACCACAUAGACAAGCAUUUAGACAACAUUGAAUUUCAUACAGAUUUUCCUGAAUCUCAAAGGGCAAAACAGUCUGAGAGCUUAGAUUCCAUCCCAAGGCAGAAAGUAAUUAAUCUGCCACCAAACAUGUUUUCUGCUGUUCACAUUGGAAACCCCACUGCUUCAUUCCCCACCACUCAGCCUAGUGCUCCUGAAACCAGCAGUACUACUCUUACUCCUCUGCCUGCAAGUACGGCCCGGUUGGAAUUUCAUACAACCUCUCUGCAUCCUGGUGCUGCUGAACCUACAAUCACCACCACCACAGCCACUGGAGCUAAACCUGGUGUCCCUGUCACCAGCAUCGCUGCUACUCGUGUUCCUCUUUCCAGUCCCACAACUUCUACAACCACAACUUCCAGAUCUGCUACUGCUCCAUCAGGGCUAAGGACUCCAACCACGUCUUCUGAGCCAGCAGCUGUCUCUUCCAAUGAUACCAGCCAUGUAACCCUCUCCUCUUUUUCAGGUUUCAUUCUCUCUACUAGUGAUUCCCCCAUAUCUUCCCAAAAUGACCUUCAGGGUUAUGACCCAUCUGACUCAGAAAGCUACCUGUCAGAGGGUGUUCUGAGAGGGAAAGGUGUUGUUCAGCUGGGGGAGAAAAGCAGCCUUCUAGCAGCUUUGCUUUUUGGGGUGAUGUUCUUGUUGCUGGUUAUUGCACUGACAGGGAAGAAAAUACAUGAAUCUCUUCAGAAGAGGCAUUAUACCAGGCUGGAUUACUUGAUCAAUGGAAUGUAUUCUGAUGUCUGAUGGGGAGAGGGAAUAAAAUUUUGAGGAGCAUGUAACUUUUGAGAGGGCAACUCUGAAAUGGAACAGUAGAUAACUGAAAUCUCAGAAGAGGAUGGAUUCCUUUUUUCACCUCUAAUGGCAAAGCAGAAGGCAGGAUAUGGGUUUGGUGGGGGAAAGAAAUGCAGUUUCUACACUGAACUAUAAUGUCUAUCAUUUUUUAUUUAUACUAAAUCCUAAGAAUAAACACUCAAAUCCAAGUUAAGCUACGAAGGUCUUAUAUUUAAGGAGAAAAAGCAUUUCAUGAGCCUAAUCUGUACUGUGACAAGAUUAGUGAAAUAGAAGUACACCUAAUAAAUUGAGUACUUGUGCA